AUGAAGACUUCGCAGGCGAUCCUCACCUCAGCAAUUGCCUUUUCCGGCAUUGCGAGCGCCUUCUGGCGUAUGCCAUGUCGCUCGCAGACCGGCGUUGCUCGCCUUGACCCCCUCGUUGACCCGGGCGAGAUCAGCGCGCAUGUACAUACCAUUACCGGUGGCGGAGGCUUCUCCUGGGACGCGACGUUCGAGACGCUCACUGCGGAUGGCUCUUGCACUGCGUGCGAGGUCACCCAGGACCACAGCGCGUACUGGACCCCGACGCUGAACUUCGCCUACGACAAUGGCACCACCGUCAUGGUCCCGCAGGUCGGCGGCAUGCUAGUAUACUACCUCUACUACCUUGAUAAAGUCAAGGCGUUCCCGGAAGGCUUCCAGAUGUUGGCGGGCAACCAGGCCGUGCGCAACUUUACCGGUCCCUUCCCGGACACGGAGCUUAGCCACUGGCCCACGGAUGCCACAGACGACCAGUUCUUCCUGCAGCAGCGCGCUCUCGGCUUCAACUGUCUCAACUACGACAUCGAUCCGGAGCCGUCGCUCUACCGUCACACCAUGCCGUCCCAGGAGUACCUUGACGCUCACUGCAAGGAUGGCAUCCGUCUCGAGCUUGCCUUCCCAAGUUGCGGCAACGGAUCUCUGGACUCCACCGACCACAAGUCGCACAUGGCCUACCCCAGCUUGGUGAAGGAGGGCAACUGCCCGGACGGCUACGAUGAGCACUACCCGUUCCUCUUCUACGAGACCAUUUGGGCCACCAAUGCUUUCGCUGGAGAGUCCGGUCAGUUCGUUUUGUCUUACGGAGAUCCAGUCGGAACUGGCUACCACGGCGACUUCAUCAUGGGCUGGGAGUCUGAGGAGUUCCUACAGGACGCCCUCGACACCUGCAAGAGCCCAUCUGGAGAUAUUGAAGACUGCCCGCUUUUCAAGAUGCAGAGCGACUCGGAUGCAGCCAAGUGCACGUUCGACGUCCCAGACUGCUUGAAGGAGGACAACCCGAAGGGCCCACGUCAAGGUCUCGCCGUCGAUGUGCCGGUUCAGUACGGUCCUGAGGAAGCCACGGCCUACGCAGUCGCCGGACGCAAGGGCCACGAGACUCAAGGCAUUGCUCCCUCGCAAGCGCCAGAGACGUUCUCGCAGCCCACGCUCACCUACUCGCCGGCUGAUCCAGAGUCGACCAAGACUGCACAAGGCGGCAUUGUCGUUGCGAUGGCCACUACUAAGUCCGACUCAGACCAGAUGAAGCAUGGCGCUGUCAACCCAGUCGGAUUCGAGUCGCCCGCUACGACCUCUUCACCCGCGGAGCCAUCACCUCCUGCCCAGCCCGAGGAGACCCCAGUCAGCUACAUCACAAACGGCAACACCGUCGUCGAGCUCUUCGUCACCGAGGUCGACGUCACGGUCACCGCCACGGAGACCGCAUCCGCCGACUCGUACCACAAGCGCCACCUCCACAGGCACGCUCACCACCACCACGGCAGGUAA